AUGGCGAUAUUUGAUGCGCCCGCUCGAGACCUUCAGAAGGAGAGCCCUUCGCAUCCUGUAGACAUCCAGUCUGCCCGCGCGGCCAACGCUGUCAUACCCAUCCUUCAUCUUCCCGCCGAACUUCUUGGGAAGAUAUCUCUCCUCGCGGUCCUGGAAUACAUACGCGAAGACAACCGAUACGCGGACCCCACCGCACUUACCCUGGCCUCCGUAUGCUAUCGUUGGCGCGCAGUGGCUCUCGCUCAACCUGAGCUUUGGGCACAAGUCCCCCUGCACGCGAUGUUACAUCGCACCCGGCUUUUCCUGACGCGCUCGCGCUCUGCGCCUCUCACACUCCAUAUGUUUGAGCUGGACACACACGGACGUUCGUGCGUGAAGGAGUGGUAUCAGGGUCUGGCAGCUUUGCUGCGCGAGCCCUCCGUAUCAACUCGCAUACAAAAGCUUCGCUUCAAAAACCAGCGGUGCUCCGGUCACGGCCGCCGAUACGCAUCGGGAAACGCUGAGUGCGUCGUGAUCAGCAGACAAUUUCUGCCUCUGCUCGAGGACGUCGACUUCCCGUCCUUGCGUCACGCAAUACUUGAAGAGUCCGAGUCGCUCUAUGAAGGAGUAGACGACGGAAAGGAUCUCGAUCCCGCCUUUUUCAAUCAUUGUUCGGGAUUGCGUACUAUGCGACUGCUUUUCUGUCGUCUACGCGAUCCCCGAGCAUACUCCGCGUUAUCAGCUCUUAGACGUCUAGAGAUUCUCGGCCAGAGCCGGUCGGUUCACUACGAGGAUAUGUUGGCGAUAUUGAAGAUGGUACCUCAGCUGGGUGCACUCGUAACAGACUGCGAGUUCCACGACGACAACGGCCCCUCUGACCUGUCCGUUCUUGAACCAGACAGAACUUACUUCCUACCAUCCGACGAGAUCGUGUCCCUACCAAACCUGCACGAGAUCCACGUUAACUCGGCAGUGAACAUCGUCACGGCUUUCCUCUCCAGAUUGUCCUACUCCUCGGACGCGGGCGUCUACCUUGUGACUCAUCUUGAUGACUUUGACGAUAGGCUUGGGGAGGGGUAUAGGGCUAUUAUACGAUACUUACUCCCUCUGGACUACACCCGGCAAAACUCUCUGCCCAAUUUCGGCCUAUCUCUGGGCUACGAUAGCGUGGUCAUAUCCAGCCUUAUGGAAGAACUGUCCGAGCCCUGCGGGCAUGUUGAGAACACGAAUGACUUCAACGUCCGGAGGAAGGCGAGGAUGGAGUUCGUGCAGCAGCGGAAACACUGGGAGGACACAGAACCUGGCGUUGCAUCCCGUACCUUGUCGCCGAGCACGCGCCGGCAUGACUAUCGCAUGCAUCCUCCUCGUCAUUUCACGUUGAAUAUGACAGUGCGUUGGUCAAGGAAACCAUUCAUCCAUGAUAUCCUCGGCGACGAAAUUCCAACAGUUUCCGACCUGAAACUAGCGGUGCUUAGUAGUGGUGGCGAAUUCACCUUUGACGAUGAGGUUUAUGACGACGAUGACGACGAUGACGACGAUGACGACGACGACGACGACGACGACGACGACGACGCCUGGACCGAUGAUGAUGACGACGGCGACUGGGAUUAUGAUCCCAGAUAUCACAUUGCUGAAACCGCGAAGCCGAACUCGAACUCGAAGAAGACGAGAGAGCAGAGGACGAUAUGGGGCGGUAUUGGAGAAACACUACUUCCGGAGUCUUGGGGGCCUGUUGAGUAUCUGCAGAUCGAAAUAUCCGCGAUACCUGAUUUUGUGAAGGCGCUCUUAGCCAUGCCAGACGAUCCAUCAAGCGUGUUGCCGAUCAUACGCGACUCGCGAGCUUUGGACAUUCGCGGCGUGCGUCAUCUCAUAUCACCCCAUACAGAGCUCUUGGAAGGUCUUCGUCGACGUACGGAGGUGCUUGGUCGGUUGGAUCAUCUAUGUAUGGAAGACGAGGAUGUGUGGCGCGGGGAAUCGGAUCUUUCACGGGUAUUCGAAUUUCAUGUCGAAGACCUUGAGGCUUUUGUUCAGCCGGGUGGCCUGCGCAUUCGGACGCUAUAUGAUGCUCUGGUUGAACAAGAACUGGACUGGGAAGCGAGCUUUUAUUAUCCGAAGCCGCAGACAUCAGGCUGGAAAAAGUGGUGA